AUGGCAAUAUACUCGCCAGUCCACGUCCUGGACGACUACUACCUCGCCAUCACUCUUCUAGUGACGGUGGCCUAUCAAUUAAUAGGCUUCUCCAUUGCCUUCACCUUCAAGUUCGACAAGCUCACGGAUUUCAUGGGAGGUACGAACUUCGUAUGGCUGGCCAUUUUCACUCUGGCAAUGUCCGGAACGACCAACGCAAGACAGAUCGUUGCCUCAAUCUUCAUCAUGCUAUGGGGCGCCCGGCUUUCAGGAUUCCUCCUCUUCCGGAUCUUGAAGACUGGCAAAGACGACCGCUUCGAUGAUAAGCGCGACAAAUUCUUCCCCUUCCUAGGCUUCUGGGUCUUCCAGAUGCUCUGGGUGUGGAUCGUUAGCCUGCCGGUGACUCUGCUGAACAGUCCCAACGUACUCCAGUUCCCACAGCCAGCGUUCGGCAAAGCUAACGACAUCAUUGGAGUCAUCAUCUUCGCGCUUGCCUUUGUCCUGGAGAGCGUGAGUGAUAUCCAGAAAUACCGCUUCAAGCAGAGCGAGGCAGGCAAGCAACCAGGCGCUGUCUGCAACGUCGGGUUCUUCAAGUACAGCAGGCAUCCAAAUUACUUCGCCGAGAUCAUGACCCAGAUCUCCAUCUUCAUCAUCGCCAUAACGCCAGCAUCAUAUCACUCUGUGCCUUCGGGAUCUGGCGCCUACGCUGCCCUUUAUAGCAGCAUGCUCGGAUGGAUCUUCUUGACCGUCCUGCUCAUGUUCCUCUCUGGCCUACCCUUACAGGAGCGUCCAGGAGCCAAGAAGCGCUACGAAAAAGGCACCGGCUGGCACGAGUAUGAGAAGUACCUGCACGACACCAGCAUUCUCAUCCCGAUGCCGCCGGCUGUGUGGAGGAAUCUGCCUGUGUUUGUCAAGCGGACGAUCGGCUGCGAGUUCCCGAUGUACGUCUUCGACCCGAACAAGCACGUCGAGGCCGACAAGAUGCAAGAUCGCCAGGCCGAAGAGGGCCGGCAGCAGAGCAACGGCGAGAAUCGACAAAGCAGUGAGCCUUUGCAGUGA